GUCAGAAUCAAAUUGUCAGUUGCAGACGCUUUUAUCACAUUGUUUGGGACCCGGCUCGGCUCGUACAAGUUUUUAAACACAUUCCUUAUAUUUUUAUAUUUUUCGACGAGACAGAACAGAAUCAUCAAAAUGAGUGUAACGUUGCACACAGACAUCGGUGACAUCAAAAUAGAGCUGUUUUGUGAAUUGUGUCCAAAAACUUGCGAGAAUUUCCUUGCACUUUGUGCCACGGACUACUACAAUGGUUGCAUAUUUCACAGAAAUAUUAAGGGAUUCAUUGUACAAACGGGUGAUCCACUGAACACUGGUAAAGGAGGUACAUCCAUUUGGAACAGAAAAUUUGAAGAUGAAUUCAAAGAGGAACUGAAGCACAAUGCAAGAGGUUUGGUGUCGAUGGCUAACAAUGGUCCAAAUACAAACGGAAGUCAAUUUUUCAUCAGCUAUGCUCCUCAACCACAUUUGGAUUUGAAAUAUACGUUGUUUGGCAGGGUCAUCGAUGGUUUGGACACUUUAGAGCAAUUGGAAAAAUUGCCGGUUAAUCCUAAAAAUUUCAAGCCCCUCACUGACACAAGAAUCAACUCCGUAACAAUUCAUGCUAAUCCUUUAGCAGCAUAAAAUAAGUUAAUUAUUUUCUGUAGAUACAACUGAGUUUGAAUAUAUUAUGUAAAUAGAACUGAAUAUUAUGUAA